CAUUGUUUUGGAUCGUCAAGUGGCUCCUGAAUUGUACCAACACAUGCAUCUCUUCGCGGGAAGGCCAUGUGGAAGUAUACGGAGAGAAUAUCUUAAGAAAGAGUUUGAAGGUAUGCUUUAGUUUGAGAGAGGAGCAGAGAGAGCAGAGAGAGGAGCUCUUUCUCACACAUCCUUUGUAUCCUCAUCAAUAUUGGUCCAUGAAGAUGGUUUGAGUUUGUGAUCCAUGCUAACCUUGAAAUAAUUGUCAAGAAUUAUUGCUAACCCUAUGGCAAUGUAUUAGGCAUUAUUCAAUUGUGUUUAACUGAAUGCGUAGUGUGCCCUGCAGUAUUCUAUUCUUAUGAUUUUAAGAAUAGGUAUUUUGUUUAGUUGAUACAGUGCCAUCAUUUGUUUUUGUUCAAGACCUCAUGGUCAACCCUCCCCAAGUAUAAAGAUGAGGAAAGUGCUUUGCUUUGGGUAUGCUCAGAUUAUCCUGCUGUGCUGAAUAGUUCCUUUAUGUCCCCAGAAUGUUCCCGUCAGGGUGGAUAAAGCGUGGAUGUCAUGUAACAUUAUCAUUUUAAAUUUAGGGUAAAAGGCCAAGUUUACGAAUAGACCCCAAUCAACUGAGGAGUCAUGCCAAGACAAACACAGGUGUCCCUAGUGACAUUAACUAUGGAUCUGCUCCUUUUAUGACCGAGGCCACGGUUCGUAGGACUAAACUAGUGGCGAUGACACGCAUGACCCUGGACCCUUUUAAUAGAGCGGUGAUAGCGUUGUAAACAAAGGUGUAGCCCACAACAUUAGCAUUGGGUAGUUAGGCAGGUGUGUGAUGUAUAUGUGCCAAAGCACCAGCAAUGGCAAAUGUGUUAUCGUCACUCGUUCAAUCUACUACCCGUACCCUCGAUUUAUUUGAACAUAGGCCUACCGUUUUUUUGUCAAACUGUCCUUAAAAUGUUCAACAUAAGCUUGUUAUGUCACACAAUAAGCAGCAUUAUCCGAGCUAUAUUUCGCUCCAUUCAAAUGAUUUUCAAAAAAGAUUUGGACCACACAAUCUAUCUAGGAUGGUCACAUGAGUAGACAGAUAAGUGUUUUAAAGUGAAAACUACUUGCACUCCAUGGAACACAGUAACAACCAUUCUAAGAUAACGACUUUGGGGAUAAUAUAUAUAUAUAUAUAUAUAUAUAUAUAUAUAUAUAUAAUAUGCAUUUAUUUUAACAUGUUUCAUUGUAUUAAAGAUGUUACCUUUUUUUUAACUAAUGGCAAGUUUGAAAAUAUGUGGUGUUAACUUGUUGCAUUCUUUAAACUAAUGCAGUGGAAAUAAAAAAAUAUGUAUAUUUAUUACACGAAAGUGACUUGUAUUCAAUGCCACAUUCCACGCAUCCAUCCAUCCUCCUUCUCCACGUGUCUGCGUCUCGAGCAUCCAAUUAUCGCACACGCACGAAGGCGUGUCCGACCCGUUGCCGCCGUGGAGAGAGCAGAGGGGUGUGAGCUCGUGUUUGUGUGCGCAUGCGCCUCGCCGAUUUCACACGGACGUCUCGAGCUCAGACUGCAGCGAUUGCAGAUUUUGCAUGUCAGAUAGGAGAAGACAGUGGUGGGGGCCGGCCUGAGACGGUGAGAGAGUGAUUGACAGAAGGAAGGUAGGAGGGAGGGAUGGUGGUGGGGGUAGUGAGAGAGAUGGACAAUCGUAAGAAGAAGAAUGGAUAAUCGUACACCAAGAGAGAAGCGGGCCUGAACUGAAAUACUACUCGUAGCGUAUUCCCCCUCUUCUACCUGAGCCCGUCGCGACUGCGGAGGCAACCUGUCCCUCAGAGCUCCAAACAAAUCCUCUAGCAUGUCAGCCUUCCCCUCGGGGACACGGUAGUGAGUGAGAGCGGAGCUGCAGUCGCCUACACCGGACACACCAGAGGAGACUCCAAUGACAACCUGGUGAAUGCCGACGCGAUGGACUAACUGAACCGGCGCAGGAUGCGUGUCCCGAGCCAACGAGGGAAGGUGGUUACACGAGGCUUUACUUCUUCUGCUGCUGCUGCGGAACCAAACCGACAGACAUUUUCCCCGGUGUGGUGGAUUGAUCGUCUUCGUCGUCACCCCCCUGUCUCCCGCCGGUGUUGACGGUGUACAAUGGACAGCUCCAACGGCUCUGGGAGCGACUCCACCACCACCACCACAACCACCAUCAUCAUCAAGCCACCAAGCCACCAGCAGCUUGAGAAGAAGCGGCUGAACAGAGCGCCUUCCCCGGCGAGACCUUUCCUCAAGGAUGUGCACUCUCGCUCCUCCAAGCCACCUGCCCUCGUUCCCAAGUCCCCUAAACUCAGCAAGCAGCAUCAGGCGCCCGUAACCUCCUCCGCCGCCCACCACAACCGCAGCUCCAGACGCCACAUCACUGUAGCGAAAGACAAAACGACGGUGACUGUGAAAAGUAUCACAAAGUCUACCACCCCAAAAAAAGCGACCAGCAGCGGCACCAAGCAGGCCCAGCCACACGCACCCUCACCCGAGCCCAGAGGCGGUGGCCGACCCGAGCAGCACGCCACGAGCAGUCCCGUCCUCGCCAAAGGCAAGAAGGGGAAAUUAGCCUCGAUCUCACUCAGCCCCAUUAGCUAUGGCGGAUCUCCUAUACGGGUUCCCACCGGCUCGUCCCAUGGCGGCAGGGUCAGCCAGACGGACAGCAGCUCCGACCUGUCGGACUGUCAGUCGGAGCCGCUCUCGGACGAGCAGCAGAAAGUUGUGGCCGCGGCCGCCAGCAGCGACGCGGAAUCCGGGACGGGCUCCAGUGAUCGGGAUCAGUUGGUAGGGGCUGAUAAUCCGCUGCAGGCAGAGUCGUCCUCAGAGACCGCUGCCGGGGAUGUUGAGGCAGUCGCUGAUGCUGCUGCUGCUGUUCAUUCGCAAGCAGUCGAGGCUGCCUCUGCAGCCGAGGGAGGCAUGGCUCAGGCGCAGUCUGGUUCAGGUGGACGCGGUGCACACGGAGAGCGAUGCGAGCAGGAGAAAACAAGCGCACAAUUCAAACUGCAACACCAUGGCGCGAAGCGUUUCAUCGAGGACGAUUUACUACGAGAAAUUGAAGACCUGCGUUCCGAGAACGACUACCUCAAGGAUGAGGUGGAGGAGCUGCGGGCGGAGAUGGAGGAGGUGCGCGACAGCUACCUGGAGGAGGAGGUGUACCAGGGCCAGGAGCUGCGGCGGGAGCUGGACCGCUCCAACAAGAACUGCCGCAUCCUGCAGUACCGCCUGCGCAAGGCGGAGCAGAAGGGUCUGCGGGCGGCGCAGACCGGCCACGUGGACGGAGAGCUGCUGCGCAACCUGGAGCAGGACCUGAAGGUGGCCAAGGACGUGUCGGUGCGGCUCCACAACGAGCUGGAGAGCGUGGAGGACAAGAGGAGCCGGGCGGAGGACGAGAACGAGACGCUGCGGCAGAAGAUCAUUGAGGUGGAGAUCUCCAAGCAGGCGGUGCACAACGAGCUGGACAGGGCCAAAGAGACGGCAUUACGACGGAGAGGGAGCAGGGAAUCAUUCAAAGACAAGAAAUCUAUGAGUCAGGAGGACAGCGCAGACCUCCGCUGCCAGCUGCAGUUCGCCAAGGAGGAGUCGACGCUCAUGAGGAAGAAGAUGGCCAAGCUGGGCCGGGAGAAGGACGAGCUGGAGCAGGAGCUGCAGAAGUACAAGUCGGUGUACGGCGACGUGGACAGCCCCCUGCCGCUGGCCGAGUGCUCGGGCGGCGGCCCCCACAGCACCCGCGAGGCGGAGCUGCGGCUGCGCCUCAAGCUGGUGGAGGAGGAGGCCAACAUCCUGGGCCGGAAGAUCGUGGAGCUGGAGGUGGAGAACCGCAGCCUGCGGGCGGAGAACGAGGACAUCCGCUGCCAGUACGAGCGCGACUGCUUCGGCCGCGAGCCCUUCUCCAGCAUGCCGUCGUCGCCCUACGGCGGCGACGCCCUGGAGUCGGCCAACGAGCUGCGGCGCCACCUGCAGUUCGUGGAGGAGGAGGCGGAGCUUCUGCGGCGCUCCAUCUCCGAGAUCGAGGACCACAACAAGCAACUGACCUCGGAGCUCAACCGCUUCAAGUUCGGGCCCUCCACCUCCGGCGGCGGUGCCACGGCGAUCGGGGAGGACGUCGGCGGUGGAAGCGGCGAGGGGGGGUCGUACCGCCCCGGCAACGGGAACGGCGGCGGCGGCAGCGGCCUGGUGAUGAUGGAGGAGCUGAAGGCGGCGCGCAUGCAGAUCAACGAGCUGAGCGGCAAGGUGAUGAAGCUGCAGUACGAGAACCGCGUGCUGAUGUCCAACGUGCAGCGCUGCGACCUGGCCGCCCACCUGGGCACGCGCACGGGCAGCCCCCGCGACAGCGACGCGGAGAGCGACGCGGGGCGGCGGGAGGCCGCCGAGGAAGAGGAGGCGGGGCGGCUCCUCCUCCUGCAGCCCAAGAGGGAGGGGCCCGUCGGCGGCGAGAGCGACUCGGAGGACCUCUUCGAGAGGACGGGGACCACCUCCGGGUUCGGCAGCCUCAAGCCGUCGGAGGGCAGCGAGCUCAGCGCGGCGGCGUUGGCGGCGCGGCGGCGGGAGGACCGCGAGGCGCUGUCCAACGUGAAGCGGGAGGCGGACCGGCUGGGGAAGACGGUGGACCGGCUGAUCGCCGACACGGACAGCCUGGUGUUCGACGGGAGGCCGCUGGCGACGGCCGGAGACUCCCCGGACGGGAGCGCGCCGUCGGGGGCGCCCCGGUCCCCCAAGCCGGACCCCCAGGUGCUGGACACCAUCAACACGCGCAUGAAGGCCUUCCGCACGGAGCUGCACAUCUUCAUGGAGAAGGUGGACCACCUGGGGGAGGGCAUGAGGGACCGGACCGACGACCUGUCGCCCAUGCCCCACCUCACCGAGUCCAGCAGCUUCCUGUCCACGGUCACCUCCAUGUCCCGCGACUCGCCCAUCGGCACCUUGGGGCGGGACCUGACCUCGGACUUCCAGCUGCGGGACCCGGCGGGCUCGGAGAUCCAGUUCCGUGUGGACCACGAGCGAAGACACCGAGGGGCGGACCGGGAGGCCGGGGGUACCCUGCCCCAGGGCCCCCAGGAGGAGGAGGAGGAGGAGGAGGAGCAGCGGGCGUGCCUGGAGGCCCGGCGCGGAGGCCUGCAGCUCCAGGGCCUGCAGGGCCCCGAGGGGCCCUGGGCCCAGGAGAGGGGCCUGCUGCAGCAGGAGCUGCGUCUCUUCAGGCACAACACGGUCAUCUUCUACAUGAAGCUGCGCUGGAUCCUCCUUCACUGGCGGCUGGACCGCAGGUCGGACCCCCGCGACGAGGUCCCGCACCCGGCAGAGUUUGAGAAGAUGGAGGGCAUCCCGGAGCUGGGGGGGCUCUCUGAGCAGGCAGAGGAGGGGACGGCCACCUGGGACCGACAGAGCACGCCUCGGACCCCAGGGGGCGACGUCCCCGACCAGGGGCCCGCCUUCCCCGACCCACAACAGCAUCAGCGACAGUUCGGGGAGAACCGGCGCAUGCUGCAGGCGCUGCGGACGCUGCUGGAGGAGUUCCGGGUGGAGGUGCGGGACGAGGAGGCGCGGCGGCGGCAGCUGCAGCAGUGCUACGCCAACGACAAGGCGGCCUGGGAGGUCAAGUGGGCCCAGAUGAAGUGUCAGGCUACCGCCCAGCUGGAGGACGCGCGGAGCGAAGGCGAGGGCAGUGGUGGCGGCGGCGGGGGGGCGGGGGUCUCCCCGGAGGAGCGCGCCUCCCCCCGGCAGCAGGAGCGCGAGGAGCACCAGAGGCUGCUGGCGGAGAGCCACAACGCCUCGCUGGACCUGCGCUGGAAGCUGCAGCACGGGGAGCGCCGCUGGGGCCGGGAGCGAGCAGAGCUGCUGGAGCGCCAGGACCGGGAGCGCCAGGAGUGGGACAGCAGCGCCCGCGAGCUGCACCGCAAGAUGGAGCGGAUGCAGCGGGAGCUGACCUCCCGCCGGGCCGAGGGGGCGGACUUCCAGGAGGGGGGGCUGUCCGCCCCGCGUUCCCCGCGCUCCCCUCGCUCCCCUCGUUCCCCCUCGGCGGCGGCGCGCUCCCGCUCCGAGUCGGACGCCGCCGGGCCGGAGGACGUUCCGGGCGCCCGGGCCCGGCUCAAGGCCCAGACGGAGAGCCUGUUCCUGGACGCCCUGUCCCUGGACCCCAUGGGCGGCCUGGGGGCCCCGGCACCGUGCCGGCUGGACAGCGAGAAGAGGUUCCCCUGCAUGAAGGAGGCGCUGAAUGAGAUAUCCGAGCGAGAGAGCGGUCCCGAGUACCCUGAGGAGGAGAUGAGCGGCGGGAAUCUGUUCAGAGCCAAGUCGGUGUGCUCCAUGAGCGACUUCCAGCGGCUGAUGGACAGCUCGCCGUUCCUCCCGGACAAGAGUCGCCACGGCGACCAGGAGCGGGACGACGCCACGCCCCCCCUGUCGCCCGACGACCUCAAGUACAUCGAGGAGUUCAACAGCAAGGGCUGGGACUUCCCCUCGGCCGGGGGGGCCGGCCCCGCGCCCCUGGAGGCCCUGGAGGCCUGGCCGUCGGAGCGGCCCCCGGAGGCCCACCCGGACCCCUUCACGCCGCCCGCCUGGUACCUCACCACCAGCGCCACCCUCACCACCAGCACCCUGAGCAGCCCCGAGCACUGCCACGCCACGCCGACCGGCGCGGCCGGCGCCGACCACUACGCGGUCCACAUCCUCCACAGCCCCCCCCGGCCGCUGGUGGUGUCCGAGUGCGCGGCCGCCGCGGGCUCCGCCGACGCCGACUUCCUGUACCCCCGAGGGGGCAAAUCCAGAGGCGGGACGGCGGAGGGCGUGUCCGGGACGGCGGCGACGGCGGACGAGGUGUUUGGCGGCGGCGGUGGCGCCCGCUGGUCCGGCCAGCCGCCCCUCUGCCCCACGGUGGGCUACGCCUCCUCGCUGGACCUGCAGCUCUCCCGGAACCUGAGCGACGACAUGAAGGAGGUGGCGUUCUCCGUGCGGAACGCCGUCCGCUCGCCGCCGGGCCCGGCGCUGCGGGACACGGCGUGCCAGACCAACGGCUUCACCACGCGCGGCACGCAGACCACGCAGACCAUCAGCGUGGGCCUGCAGACGGACGCGCUGCGCGCCCCGACCAGCAGCCCCCACCGCUGCCACACCCCCAAGGGCGGGGGCUCCACGCCCGUCUCCUCGCCGUCCCGCGGCCCGCGCAAGGUGCCCUACUCGCCCGGGGGCCAGAGCAAGUUCGAGCGGCCCUGCUGCUCGCCCAAGUACGGCUCGCCCAAGCUCCAGCGCAAGCUGUCGGCGUCGGGGAAGGGGUCGGCGGAGCUGGCGCCCGCCUGCAGCCGGACGCCGCCCCCGGCUCUCGUCGCCCCCGCCGCCGCCGCCGCCGCCGCAGCCGCCGCCGGCAGCGCUGCGCCGCCGAAGGGCAACAGCGAGUCGGCGUGGGCGCGCUCCACCACCACGCGCGACAGCCCCGUGCACACCACCAUCAACGACGGCCUCUCCAGCCUCUUCAACAUCAUCGACCACACGCCCGUGGCCUACGACCCGCUGCAGAAGUUCAACAAGUCGCCCAGCCGCGCCAGGGCCACGCCGCCGCCCACGGCCGAGCCCAGCCCCGCCCACGCAGCCCCGGACCCCCGGGUGGCGGCGGCGGCGGCGCAGGAGUACCCCCGGGCGUGUCGCGGGCGUUCGCCCAGCCCCGUGGAGACGCACGGCGGGGAGAGGACCCCCGAGGUGGGGCCCAGCGUGCGGCAGGACCUGUCGGCGCCGCCGGGCUACUCGCUGGCGGAGAACGCGGCGCGCAUCCUCAACAAGAAGCUCCUGGAGCAGGGCUGCAGGGAGGAGAGGAGGCCGUCGGCCGGGGGCCCCGGGGGGCCCGGACUCAACGGCAGGGACGGCUCCAGGCACGGCGACGCGGACAGAGGCGCGGCCGGAUGUAUCGAGAUUGAAACUACUGACUGAUGCAAUGGUAAUGUUUCCUAAUUUAUCUUUCAUAUGCACUAGUGUUACUUCAUCCGUUUCACUUUGCGUUUUGGUGACUAGAGAGAAACUUCCACUUCUUCGCACUGCCUCUAGCUUGGUAAUCACCUCUUUGCUAAUACUACACACAUCUACAGGCUUUCGACUGCUUGCAAACAUUGGGUGAAUACCAAUAUAUGCAGUGGGUUAUGAUUCAACAGAGAGUUUAAUUAUAUUAUCUUGAUUAAAACAUCACCCAGAAUCCUGGUGAUUUAAUGUGUAGUGGGUUGUUAUUGGGGCUAGUUUGGAUCCUCCCUAACUCUCUUUCCAGGUUCUGUUCUAUUGGCUCCUACAGCUCCACAGAGCGUUGGCUGAGACCAGCUCGAUGAUGCAAUCAGCCCUUAAAGGCUCAGUUAAGGUUUCCCGUCGACGCGACGCGAUGACCACACAGACGCUUCGACGCGGUCGUGAACCUGUUGUGGUUCUGCGUGGGGUUUCAGUGAGCGGACCAAUCACCGCCCUUGCUGCUGCGUCGCGUCGACACAGGGUUAACGUUUUUGGGAGGCACACGUCAGGCCCUGGACGCAAGGAGGGUCCGCAAGGAUGUAAGGGGUCCGGAAACCCCCUUUGCGUUGCGUCGACGUCAACCAAUAAUCAGCCCAUAAGUUGUGACGUUAGAGGACAAACACAGGUGUUGCUCAUACCACUAAUAUUAAGGGUCUGCUCCUGGUACCUAAAGAGUGACACCUGUGUGAUUGAGGAUGACGAGUCAGUGUGGGCAGCUCCUCUUCUGAUGUCUGUGGAGAGUUUGGUGUUGGAACUGUGGGAGGAAAUGGAAGGAACUAAUGGAAAUAAAGAGAUUUAUACGCAGAAUUAAAGCAAGAUGAAUAUAUGCAUGACUUGAUGGCUUUUAUUCUCCCAUGGGUCAUGGUUUCUGUUCUUUGGUUGGUUAAUAAUGUAUUGCCACAUGUGUGUUGGUAGCUAGAUGUAUGAAUACAAGGCAACACUUGGCUGACGUUAAGACUUUUUUUCAGUCGUAACAGACCCAUGGCACAAUAAGACUCCAUAUCCCCAUAUGUACCAAUUGCCUGCUGUGGUAGUCUGUAUUAUUAUUAUUAUUAUUAUUAUUACUAUAAAGCCAGCUGCUGAUCACUUCCCCCUUUUUAGUAUAUCAUUAGCAUUAGACUACUACACCAAGUGCGAUUCUGUUGGUUAAAUACAAUAGAUAGCAGUGAUCCUAGCACCGCAUCCCAGUCGAUUCUGGUGUUCUCCAAGCUGGCAAGAAGUUGAAAUCGGUCUGGGUUUUGUUCCUGCAAUCUCCAAGGGACACACACACUACACGCUCACUAUUCACACACCUCACUUGAAUGUUCCUCUUAUGCCUCCCUGUGAUGUGGCCUUGUGAUGCCAAGCCACUGUGUCUCUGUCUGUGUAGCAUGUCUAGCUAGCUGUCUGGUAACCACGGUGACAGCAGGUGUGGAUGCCUGUGAUGUUGUGAAUACCUGGCCCUCACCAACGUGUGGCUCCACGUGUGGUUGAUAAAACAAAGAAACCCCCCCCCUCCACACCCCCCCCGUCUAGUGAAUAACAUCUCCCGCUCUUUUGCUUUUCCCCUUCCUCCCUCCUUUCUUUAUAAUCCUCCGCUCUCUGUCUCUCUCUGCUCUCCUGCCUCUCUACUGUGUCCUUGCCCAGAACCUCACUGUUACACUAACCGCACCGUGGGGACUCUAGCUUUCUGCCUGUCUCCGCGAUGUAAGUUCCUCUUCCUUGUCCUCCAACCCAACUCCUCCUCCUCCUCCUCCUCCUCUUCUCCUCCUCCUCUUCCUCUUCUCCUCUCAAACGAU